UGUGCGACGUCUGUCGUGGAGUGUUGAGGUGAUCUACCCAAUCCUAAUCCAAUCCAAUCCAAUCCAAUCCAAUCUAAUCCAGUCCAGUCUCCCCAAGUAAUCCUUCCGAGUCCCCAAGCCAUGCUCUUCGCUGUGCUGCUCCUUGUCCAAAUACUCGCCGCUCAGGGCGAUGGCGAAACAUGUGCCGCAUCCAAGUCCCUGCUGAUGGAUCUAUUGGAAGUGGUUCCAACCAAGGGUAACCAUACCGCGAUGUCCCAAUGCGAGGGGCAGCUAGAGCAGCUGAGAGAUGCCGUCCAGAAGGAGCGAUUUUGGGCAUUAAGAGCUGUUGAUGCCUCCGGCGAAGGCAUUUCCGAUUUUAUAAUUGGCAAGCGCCAGUGGCUGGGUAACCAAUUUGCCUGCCGUUCCGUCAACAAACUGGUUCACCUGGAUUUGAUCAGAGACCAUCCGCUACCAAUCGUGGAUAUUUCACCCUUCACCCUCGACUAUAUGGUGGCCUACGUUGAGGCCAAUUACCCAUACCGCGUGGUGCCGCACUUCCGGCCGGAUCCUAUGCUGCACAUUGCGCUCUGUCUGCCCCAGACUUGUGGCAUCGCCGAGGUGGAAUCCCUGAUCCGUCAGGCACUGGUCAAGGGCACUAGCUUCCGGCGCUGGGAGAUGCAACCACAGCUGGCGUAUGUCAAGCGACCGGAACUUAAGCCAGACUUCUACAAGAGCCCCACGGUGCGAAUGCUAGCGAUAUUGCUGAGUAUUACCUUGCUUUUGGCAGUGCUGGCCACCAGUGGGAUGCACAGAUACUCCCGGUACCUGGCCUGCUUCGACCUGGCUAGCAACUGGGUGAGAGUAUGGAAGCCGGUGGAUCCACGGCAGGAGAAUACAGCCAUCAAUGGGAUAAGGGUCAUCACAGCAUUCGCUUUGGUCGGUGUCCAUGUUAUCUGGUACAAGUAUUUCACGGUGGAUCCAUCCUUGGAGAUGCUUGACAAGAUCGGAAGGAUAACCCUGCAUCACAACUACUGGCCAAAUAUGGUGGAUUUCUUCUUUGUGAUCAGUGGCUACUUGAUGGUGACCAAGUUCUUGGGUGAUGAGCAGCUGCAGCAAGACAUCGCUGGCGAUGGACUGUGGGGCAAUGUACGUCGCUUCCUGCGACUGGUGAUGCAUCGCUUCUGGCGACUGGCACCGAUGCAGUUCUUGGUGGUGUUGGCGGGCGUGGUGGCCGUGGAAUAUCAGCGACAGGUGUCCGUAUUAGAAAUCACAGAGCCGACGGACUUGAGGUGCAAGCGCCAUUGGCUUCGCAACAUGCUCUUCAUCCAGAAUCUCUUUUCUGUGACGGAGUUGUGCGGCUCGUGGACAUGGUCGCUGGCCUGCGACAUGCAACUCCAUAUCCUGGCCCUCCUGCUCCUCUUUGCCCAUACACGGCAUCCGAAGGCGGUUAGGGGUAUCUCCUGCAUCCUGGUGGUUCUUAGCAUGACCCUUCCCCUAAUUAUGAUGCAUCUGGUCGAGGUGGGGCCCACCUUUGAGGACUUCUUCUAUACCGCCGAGUGGUCCUAUGUGUGUCCGAUACCCCGUCUGCUGGGCUAUGUAACGGGCGGUGCCUAUGCUUAUACGCGACUCAAGGGUCUGGAUACACCCUUCGAGACAAUUGUGCCCAGCGGCUGGCCUAGGCUCGUCCUUGGCGGAGGCCUCCUGUGGUUCAUCCAACUGAUUAUAUCGGAACAGCUGAUAGGGGUUGGCAUCCGGUUUGGCAUCAUGUCUAUUUUGCGAGCCCUGGUGGCCUCCUAUGCUAGCCACCUGAUUGUGUGUGCCACCAAGAAGGACACUAGCGAUGACUUGUAUGCGCCCAACCGCUGGUUGCUGGCGUUGCUGCAGUCCGAACACGUUCAGCGAAUGAGUCGUUUCACCUAUGCCAUUUACCUGUUAAAUCCAGCGGUGAUCUCAUGGUUCUAUCACUCCUUCACCGCCAGCGUUAAUUCAGACACAUCCAUGUUGAUCCUUUUAUUCAUUGCCGAAUCGGUAGUCAUCUAUAUACUAGCUAUAGGAAUCACGUUGUUUUUCGAGAUGCCAUGCAAUCGGUUGAUAAGUCUGGUGAUCAACCCGAGGCCAUUGGAGAGUAAAGGAGAAAUCAAGGAAAACGGGAAGGAUAAGAAAAAACAAAAGGAGAAGAAGGAUAAGAUCUAGGAGGAGACCAC